AUGGAUCUAGACAGUCCAGUGGUUAAGCGUCUCCAGAAUGUUAAGUCUAUAAUACUCGUCCUUAGUGGUAAAGGCGGGGUGGGUAAAUCAUCGGUAGCCACCCAGUUGGCGUUAUCAGCGACGACUUCAACCAAUGCAAAAGUGGGAUUGCUAGAUGUCGAUCUCACGGGACCUUCUCUCCCGCGGAUGCUCGGUCUCGAUGGUCACUCUGUCCACAUGGGUCUCCACGGUCAGGGUUGGGUGCCUGUACAUGCCGACCGCGCUGGAAAGCUGUCUGUAAUGUCAAUAGCUUUCCUCCUCAAGAGCAAGAACGAUGCCGUUGUGUGGCGUGGGCCAAAGAAGAGCGCAAUGAUUCGCCAGUUCCUCGCUGAUGUCAAGUGGGAUUGCGACACUCUCAUCAUCGAUACUCCUCCAGGCACAUCCGAUGAACAUAUAGCCCUCACUGAACAUCUCGCUCCUCUCGCCGAUAGGAUACAUGCCGUCAUCGUCACAACCCCCCAAGCGGUAGCGUUGAGCGACGUCCAGAAGGAAAUUACUUUUGCAAGGACUGUCGGCAUACCCAUCCUCGGUCUCAUAGAGAACAUGUCUGGCUACGCUUGUCCCCAUUGCGCUGAUUGCACUAACGUCUUUUCUACGGGCGGCGGAGAAUCACUCGCGAAGAGAGAACAUAUCCUAUUCCUCGGUAAAGUUCCCAUAGAUCCCCUCCUCGUUAAGCUGCUCGAUGAUAUCAAAAUUUUGCAGAUGAAGAAGGAGGAGCAGGCCAAGCAGGGCGGCAUUACACUCUCUGUGCAGGAUCAGGAAGCUAUCUCUACAACUCUCAUAGAGCGCUACCAAAGUAUACCGACAUACAAGGUGUUUGAGAGUAUAGCUCGGCGAAUACUCGAAGCUGUUCACUAG